AUCUUUGUCACAGGUGGUUUGUCAUUGUGUCGUCUGCUGUUGUUGAGUGAAUCAGAAUACUUUGGAUUAAUACAUUAAACAAUGUAUAUCUACGAAGUUGGCCAAGGCUAUCCAACUACCGCACAUGCUUUCGUGUUUUCUUCGAAGAGGUUCUGACCUGUUUAACCAUGAUGUUAACAUGUAUGACAGUUGACAUCAGCCAUGGCAGAAGAAGAUUUCAAAUCUGAUGAGCUGGAUUCUAUAUUUAAUGUGAUAGGGUUGAAACCCAGCGACCCUUUGAACAGUUUUGGAGAAAUAUGGUACCAGGUGUUUCUUUGGGCGCUGUUUUCCUCCAUGUUUGUACACAUUAUCGCUACUCUGAUUGCCUUUUGUCGUCUGCGGAAGCACAAGCUGGGCAGAUGGAUUCCCCUCGUCAUAUUUCUGGUUGGAGUGAUCUCCCCAUUGACACUUGGAGUCGUAAAUAGUGCGGCCAUAGCUGGGUUCUAUCGCGCCUCAGACGUAGAAAUGGCCCCAUUUUAUGCCCUCUUAUGGGGGCUUGGGCAGACAAUUAUAGGGAUCAUAUUCUCAUUUACCAGAGUGCUGGCUACAUUAUGAUCACAUUCAUACAUAAACAGGACAUGGAGAGGUUUUAUUACCAGAACAGCUGUGAACUAUUGCUUGAAAAAGUGACAAAUAUAACAUUAACCCUUUGCAUGCUGGGAUAUGUAUUGUCUGCUGCUGAAUUUCUAAAAUUAGCAUUUUCUUCAAUUAGAGCUAUUUAAAAAAAAUACUAUCAGAAUAGCAAACAGUUUGGAUCUUAAUGAGACGCCACGUUCUGUGGCAUCUCAUCUGGAUCCCAACUGUUUGCAAAGGCCUUCAAAAUUUGGUUCCAGCACUGAAAGAGUUAAAAAUUCUCAUAGCAAGUGUAAAGAAAUGGCAGAAAAAUUUAAAGGGGCCUUUUCACAGAUUUUGGCAUUUUUUAAACUUAUUCAUUAAAUGCUUUAUAUUGAUAAAUGUAAACAUUGGAUCAUAAAAGCUCCAGUAAAAAAUCAAGAAAAAAAAUAAAAAAAGGAAAAGAACAUUGCCCGGAGCAGGUUUCGAACCAGUGACCCCUGGAGUCCUGCUAGAGUCCUGAAGUAAAAACGCUUUAGCCUACUGAGCUAUUCCGCCGAGUACACAUUGUUGAUGUAUUUUAUACCAUAUAUAAGCAACCUUCGUAGUUUCACAAAAUUUAACGACAAAAACAGAACUCUCCAAAUUAUUCGAUCGUUUCGCGUUGCAACGCUUUAUAAUUUUUAGGUUUUAAAAUCGUAAAAAGAUGCAUAUAAUGGUUAUAUUAGAGCAUGGUUAAUGUUCAGUAUUACUGUUUCCUCACAAAUAUCAUAACUAAAACGAAAACUUACGAAUCUGAAACAACUUUUUUCAAUUUUGUCAAUUUACCAAAGCGUGAAAAGAUCCCUUUAAAGCGCAUUCCAAACAUCAGGUUUAGUAGAUGAACAGAAAAGUGUUUUAGAAUUAAUGCUAUGUGCCAGAAUCUCUGUUCAGCCAAGAUGAUCAGGUCUGAUAUCAGAACUGAAUGUCCACAAUAUGAAGCCUUUGUAAGGUGUGAUUAAAGUAUGACUAAACAUACAUAGUGAUACAGACUAAUACACUAUUAAUACUCACAGUUAAUACGAUGGAACAUUUGUCAGAGUUGAUUUUUAUUGGAGGUUUCCACUUUGGCAAUAAUAAAUUCUGAGAUUGUUUUGUCUACAGGCAAUAAUAUGAAUUCAUGUUCUGUAAGUGGCAAUGUACACAGAAAGCAUGAGACUUGAUCAGCCAAACUGAUUUUCAGAAUUGCUGGAUGUAUCGGAGGUUGGCAUGUUGUGUUAUUUAAUGUGGAAAGGGCAGCUUUAAUAUGAACAUAGUCGGGCAAAAAAUUGGUCUUAUAAUGAUAAAUGUAGCCAACGUAGCUCCAGACCAGCCUGUGUGUUAGAACAGUGGGGUCAGGAACUUUCUUUUUCAGUAUGUUGUCAUGCAAGGCUUUGUGGUGUCAUUAGAGAAUUGCAUAGCUGGUUUGAAGCUACACUAGCCACAGAUGGCAAGAGACCCAUUUUUGCAUGACGCGGCUCACAUAAUGUGCAAUAAUAAAUAAAGGUAAAUUUUUGUGAGACAGUACAAGAUACUGCUGACUUGUUUAUUAAUGAACAAUAAAUGUUUCUUUGCAAAUAAGCAGUGAUGAUACUCUUGACCUUUGUCGCAUGAUAUCUGUUCAAGAAUUCCUUGGUAAAGAUAUGAGAUUGUGUCACUCAAUUACAUUCUUAUAGGAGCCUUGUUCUGGGAAAAUGGUGUUUUAUGUAUGUGCCUAAAGGGUCGUACUUCACUACCCGAUGAGCCCGUGCAGUCCGCACAUGCAUUAAGCCUCCUUUUUCAAAAGCGCAUCUCAAAUAAGAAUUUAGCACUUAAACAAAGAGUAUUUGUCAGGGAUUUCAAUGUUGUUGUGUUUUUUUUUUAAAUCGGGCAACAACAUUUAAUGACCCUGUGUUUUUAAAUUUUUCGGAGUCAAAGAAGGUUUACUGUGGUGGUGACGGAUGAAUAUUGCGUUAAAAAGUAUGUAUUCAUUUUGAAAAAAAGCAACAUACAAAUACCAUGUAUAGUGGUGGUCUAUAUUUAUUUUUGCAUGUUUGUGACAUGGUUUGCAAAGUCUUUGUAAAUGUUAAAGUCAAAUCAUAUAAAAAAAACGUCAUAAUUAUGAUACUUAUUACAUUUUGAAGUUUGUUCCUUUAUACCAUAUGCAUCAUAAUAGGGGUAAAAAAUAAUCAAUUUGUUUGAGAAAAAAGUGUGAAAGUUACAAAAUGCUUGUUUGUAAACAAGGUUACAUUAAUACGUAUAAGUUUUAUUUUAUAAGUUUGCAUACAAAUUGGUAAAUUCUUAUAAAAUUGACCUGUUUUUUCCGAGACAUUAAAUAAACCAAAUGAAAAAUAAAUAAAGAACAUAAUUUAAUUGAAUUUAAUAACUCAUUUGUUUCAGUUGUUUUAUAUGCUUAUGCAUGAAUGCACACAACCUAUCAUGUAAUAUCAAGGUUUUUGUUUAAGUUGAAGUUAUUUAUAAAGCCAAAAAAUGUUGUUUGUUUCUGCUAUAAACAUCUUAAAAAAUAA